GGGGGUGGCUCGGUGCGUGCGGCGGGCCGGAGGGGUGGUUUCCCCUGCCCCAUCCCGUGUUUCCACACGCCUGCUUAAGGGCCCCUAAGAAAGGCCUCCGCGGCACAUCCUGCCUGCCCGGUGCCGCUCAGGCCCUGAAGGCCCCCAGACUCAUACCACUGUCCUGCGCGGAGGUGGGAAGUGCCUGAAGGCCCCUGUUUGUGUCGGUGUUGACAGUGCAUCUGCAGGAUACGGAGCAGUCAUAAGGAAUUGCACUAUGAGCAACUAAACAGAGAUGAACGCUGUGAUUAGUAAAUGAAAAUCCCUGUAGCAGAGGAAUGGGAAACGAAAGACACAGAACAGUAGUGGCAUUGGAAGAAAAGCAUAUUGAGAUGGACCUGAAGUGGAAUCUUGGCAAAGUUUCUCAUCGGGCCUCAGCUGCAGUCCGGGUGACUGAUUUGAGUUGGCGAGGCAACCUAAAUCCCAGUCCGCUGAUUAAAGAUGACGGAGAGCUACUUAUCGAUGAAUACCUUUCCCCCAGGAAACUGAAAGUUUUGGCAGGGGUAGAUGAUCUGCAGCAAGUGAAGGCCCUAGAGAUGCGAGUAGAUACAAGAGAGAACAGCUUGGGGAACUUUGGUGCCUAUCUACCUAAUCUGAGAGAACUGAAGUUGAACAAUAGUUUGCUUGUGUCCGUGAGGGAUCUUGGAACCACGUUGUCCCAUCUCUGUGUCCUGUGGAUGGCUUGCUGUGGGCUCUCUGAUUUAGAUGGGAUCUCUUCCUGCAGCUCUCUAAAGGAACUCUACAUAGCCUAUAACGAUAUCUCUGACCUGAGCCAGCUGACCUGGCUGGAUCACCUUGAGGUUUUGGACCUGGAAGAGAACAAUAUUGAGGACAUCAACCAGAUGCAGUACCUAGGACUGUGUCGCAAGCUGAGCCGCCUGACAGUGGAGGGCAACCUUAUUUGUCUGAAGCCAAAUGCAGAAUCAGCAGAGGACCCAGAUUAUAAUUACAGAGCUGAAGUAAAAAACCUCAUUCCCCACUUGGAGUAUUUGGACGAAGUACCAGCAAGCCAGACUGCUCUCCUUCCUGCCAAGAAGAUACAUAAGGACUGGCUAAUCAUCAAGGAAUCCAUCAAGAAAGGUGGUUUAGCUGGAGACCUGUCAUGGUUAGAUUCGUGUCUCGGGGCAGUAGCAAGGCAGUCUGGCUGCAGACCAAGACCCCCGACAACUUCCAGACCUGGAACCACGCUAUGGUCUGCUAAUGCGGGGAGAUGUGGCAACGCCCACCUCUUGCACAGUGGCUGUCCUCUUCCAGCUCCCACCGUUCCUGAUGAGCUGCUCGCAGAAGAUGCCUCCAGUGAUUUGACACAUGGACUCAGUCAAGUUAUAUGCGGGAACCCCACCAAGGCCCUUCGUGCCAGGAGGCAAAAGCUAGGUCCACCUGCACCUUUGAAACUGUGCGGUCUGAGGACAGAAAACAUUUACGGCUCUGGAGGAGGAAGAGAUCUGCACCAGGAAGAUGUGUUCUCUGACCUGAGAGUACAGAGUGAGCAGCACAAGCGGUGCCUGCAAACAGGUCAGCAAGAAGAAGCCACCCAAGCACUGAAGGCAGCUCUUGGUGAUGAGGAAGAGGGUGACGACUGCAGCCUGCCCGACAGCUGUGAAGAUGAGUUGAGGGAGACCUGUGAUGAGGACCUCAUUGAAAGGAUUUCACUUGAUUCUUCUUGCCACUCCUCUCUGUCCCAAUCUUCCUCAGGUUCGUCACAGGGUCAGGAAGGUGCAGUGUUCUCCAACCCAAACCACCGUCUAAUUCCGUCCCCUCCAAAAAGCCCUUCACCUGCAUCCCUAAUGGGUCUUGCAGCAAGACCCUGGAAAAUGAGGAACCACAGGGUAAGAUGCCUAAAAAUACCCAGCCAAGAGGAGGACAAGCAGUGGACACAGCGAGGCCAGGCAAGGGCUCACCAAGAAACCCCAUCCCAGCCUCUGGACAAGGCUCUUGCUCUCCUGAGCCAGCACAGCUUGCCAGCUGCUUCUGGAUCCCAAGGGCAGCGCCAGCCUGCUGGGAACGCUGGCCGGCAAAGGCCUAUUUCAGGACCAGCAGCUGCUGGAUCAACAAGCAUCAGGCCAAUCGUGGACAAGAGGAAUUGUGGAUCUCCUGGAGAGAUCAACUGCCACGCGCUGGCUGUCUGCUCAUCCCCAACAGCCUCGGGGGGGUUUGGGCUGAUGAGCACCGUGCGGCCCCUGACUGCCAGCGCCGUGCUGCAGUCCCUGCCAGACAGAGCCACUGCCUCAGCAACAUCUCAGAACAAAAGUCCCCGCUCUUAGAAGGUACCCGGGCGGCAGCGUGUGUCAGAGCCAUGUAUGCAGCACCGUCUUGAAUCGAUGUCAUCUUUCCAAUUCUUCUGCAAGCUAAACACAAAGCUGUGCAAGUAGAGCAGUUCAAACAAAUGACAUGAUUUGCCUCAAUUAAGGCUACAGCCGGUCCAGAAAUGCUUUCUUUAAAGAGCACCCGCUGAUCAACAGAAGAGCUAAUCAACCUCCUAUUACAGCAAAACAUGGGUAUUUUUGCAGCCGUCGUGCACUAAAACAGAACAAGCCCUGAAGUAUUUCCACGCUCAGCCAGCUGCCCUAGCAGCAGCCCCGUGAUGUAUCUAUCUUCUGCAGUCGUGGAUGUUUAACACGCAAGGGACAAAGCCAAGGGCUUGAGAGGAAGCAUUGGCUGGAGCAGGCUGGAAGGGAGGGCUGCGUCACCUUGAGGAAGAGCCCGGCAAGGCUGGGUGCUUUCAGCCCUUCGGCCGCCACAGGAGCUCACCCCGUUCACAGGCACCCAGGGUUCUUGGUGCCUGCAUUGCUGUGGGAGCAAAUGCUGACCAAGUGGGUCAUCCCAACGAACACGUUUGUUUGCUCCGUUGCCACCUGGAAGGAUUUCUCUCACUUCCUAUGGAUAGAUGUUGCACGCCAGGAUUCCUCUGUAAGCAGGUGUCAGAGCAUCCCCUGCGUGUGCCUUUCGAGUCAGGCAUCCCACCUCUAGACUUUCCAGUUUCCUAUGACUGAAUAAUUUUAAGUAAUGCUGCAGCAAAAACAGUGCAGGGAAGUAAGGGAGCAAUCUCUUGAUUUUUUUCGGUAGGGCAUUUGCUUUAUAUUUGGGUGAGAUUUGAAACAUCUAUUUUAGUGACUGCAGACUGUGAGAUGCUGAUCCAAAUGCCUGUGCCUUACAACUUUAUUGAUGUUGCAGUCUGAAACCGAGUGUCAUCACAUUUUUUCCCAGUUUAAAUUACUAUGUUAGGUAUAUAUGUUUAAACCAGUUGAUAAAACAGUAAUUACAUGAUGAGUGAAUGAA